AUGAUCUCCCACAGGUUUCAGGGCAGCACCAGUGCAGUACCAGAGCACAUCCGGGUAACCCCGCCCCCUACGGGUCAACGAGCCGGAGGCCACAUUGCCGCACAUGCGCAGUCUCUCCAGCCUGCCUUCAGCCCGCAGACCCUCAGAAAGGCUGGCUGCUUUCUCCCGCCAGGCUUUCAAACGCCCGCCUCUGUAAUACUCACACCCUGCUGCCUGGGGCCGCGCAGGCGCAGGGAGAAAGGUUGCUUUGAGCCGCACUUUGGCGCUCUCGGGCGCUGCUGGGGCUGACGCCGGAGAGCGGGUCGUCCGGCCCCGACCAGCGGCCGCGCCACGGAGGCGCAGGAGGGCAUCGAGCCGGCGGGGGCAGCGGACGCCGCCGCUCCCCCGGAGCCGCAGCUCACCCUACUGGUCAUGCAGCCCUGCGGCGGGCAGGAGGAGGCGGCGGGCGCCAUCCUGCGGCCGAUCCCCGCUCCGGCGGCCUCGGCGACCCCGACCCCUACCCCUACCCCUACCCCUACCCCGAGGAGCGGCAGCGCCGCCGGGAACCUCACGCCCCUGUGUGAAGCGGCGGGAGAUGGCGAGGAUGAGGCCGCCGAGGACGAGGCGGACCUGCUGGACACGUCCGACCCGCCGGGGGGCGGCGAGAGCACGGCCAGCCCAGAGGAACUGGAGGACGAGGAGACCCACUCGGGCGGCGAAGGCGGCCGGGUGUCCGCGGGGGGCACGGGCGGGGGCGGCGGGGGCAGCGUGAGCAAGACGUGCACCUACGAGGGCUGCAGCGAGACCACGAGCCAGGUGGCCAAGCAGCGCAAGCCGUGGAUGUGCAAGAAGCACCGCAACAAGAUGUACAAGGACAAGUACAAGAAGAAGAAGAGCGAUCAGGCCUUGAGCUUGGCCGGGAGCGGCGGCGCGGGCGGCGGCGGCGGCGGCGGCGGCGGGGGCGGGGGCGGCGCGGGCAGCGUCAAGCUCGAGGAAAGCACAGAUGGCUCAACAUCCGUUGGAAAACAAAGAAGUGGUUCUAUUGGAGAUCGUCCUGCAAGACCUACUCUCUUAGAGCAAGUGUUAAAUCAAAAACGGCUGGCAUUAUUAAGAAGUCCAGAAGUUGUGCAGUUUCUGCAGAAACAGCAACAGCUACUAAAUCAACAAGUUUUGGAGCAAAGACAACAACAACAGUUUCCUGGAGCAUGAGUGUGAAGGGACUAAUUGAGGUUAUCCACAGGUUUAGUAUCUCACUGUACUGGCUGAAGAUAUUUUUAUAUUGAAGAGAAAUAGGUUACAGCAGUCAAGUAGAACACUUGCAUAUGACUGUCAUAAAACCUUUUCCUCGAAAUACAUAUAUUUGUUUUUUUUGUGAUGGGUUUUGAAGAAAUCUGGUUUUACAUUAUAUUUCCAAAACUCCACUUAACUUUGUUGUUUCAAAAACAUUUUUCAACUUUAAUUUUAAAAAUACCCCAAAUCUCCCAACAAGUUAUCAGGCAAAAGAUCAUAAAUAUGAUCAUUCUUAGGUUUAUUAUUAAUGAAGGAAAUGAGAUAGUUACUUUCUGUGGAAGUUGUGAAAGUAAUAGAUAUUAAUUUUGAAUUGUCUAGCCAAUGAGUGUGACAGGAUAUAGCUUGGACAUUCAGGAGGCCUGAGCUGAGGAAUAAUCUUCUUUAUGUUUUUCUACACACUUAAACCUGGAGUUAACAAGGAAGCAAAUAUAGAGCGUGUGUGUAUACACAUGUAGGAAAAAGGGUGGUAAUAAUCAGCUGCCCUGUGGAACUGAAGUGUGCCCCCAUCUUCUAAAUGUCCAGCUGAAACCAAAAGAGGACUUCGUGAAAGAAAUUAGAAUGAAGAAAAUACAGAAGAAACUGCUUGAUUACAUUUCCUAACACCACAUUGUUUGCAUGUCAGAUGUGAUCUGUGGAAGCAGGUAUUUUGAAGUGCAGAAUCUAUGGCUGGUGGAGAUUGUAUGUGGUUUAUCUUGUUCACCAAUUCCCUGAUAAAAAUGGCAUUGAUUUUAUUACUUAUUACUCAUUUUUUUCCAAUGGAGAAUUUUGAGAAUAAGCGGGAAAACUCCCUCUAUGUUAUGAAUUAUUUAAAAAAUUGAGCCAUUUCAACGUUGUUGAUAUUGAAUAGGUGCCCAACGAAUAAAGUGAGAUACUUUUAUCCUUUCUUCCUAAGAUAACAAAACUCAAAAUCAUAUCUAAUCAUAGCAUCCAGAAGAAUGUCAGAGUAAAUAUUACCCCUCCACGGUGCACAUUCUGAUGCGAAAUGUGUACCAAGAUGAGUUGUAUAGAAACAUGUUUGUUUUUUGUAAGAUGGUUUUUAAGUCAUGGCCUCUACAGACAAAGCUCUCUGAUAAUCAUUCAAAGAGCAUUCUUCAUCUUACAUGUAUAGGCUUUAUAACUGUAUAUUGGUGCAAAAAAUAAUAAAAUAAAAAUUUGUGUA